AUGCCAGGGCAAUGGGGAACUGGUGGAUGGGGAAAUGGAUUAUGGGGGAACUGGUGGAUGGGGAAAUGGAUUAUGGGGGAACUGGUGGAUGGGGAAAUGGAUUAUGGGGGAAGUGUUGGAUGGGGAAAUGGAUUAUGGGGGAACUGGUGGAUGGGGAAAUGGAUUAUGGGGGAAGUGUUGGAUGGGGAAAUGGAUUAUGGGGGAACUGGUGGAUGGGGAAAUGGAUUAUGGGGGAACUGGUGGAUAGGGAAAUGGAUUAUGGGGGGAACUGGUGGAUGGGGAAAUGGAUUAUGGGGGAACUGGUGGAUGGGGAAAUGGAUUAUGGGGGAACUGGUGGAUGGGGAAAUGGAUUAUGGGGGAAGUGUUGGAUGGGGAAAUGGAUUAUGGGGGAACUGGUGGAUGGGGAAAUGGAUUAUGGGGGAACUGGUGGAUGGGGAAAUGGAUUAUGGGGGGAACUGGUGGAUGGGGAAAUGGAUUAUGGGGGAACUGGUGGAUGGGGAAAUGGAUUAUGGGGGAACUGGUGGAUGGGGAAAUGGAUUAUGGGGGAACUGGUGGAUGGGGAAAUGGAUUAUGGGGGAACUGGUGGAUGGGGAAAUGGAUUAUGGGGGAACUGGUGGAUGGGGAAAUGGAUUAUGGGGGAACUGGUGGAUGGGGAAAUGGAUUAUGGGGGAACUGGUGGAUGGGGAAAUGGAUUAUGGGGGAACUGGUGGAUGGGGAAAUGGAUUAUGGGGGAACUGGUGGAUGGGGAAAUGGAUUAUGGGGGAACUGGUGGAUGGGGAAAUGGAUUAUGGGGGAACUGGUGGAUGGGGAAAUGGAUUAUGGGGGAACUGGUGGAUGGGGAAAUGGAUUAUGGGGGAACUGGUGGAUGGGGAAAUGGAUUAUGGGGGAACUGGUGGAUGGGGAAAUGGAUUAUGGGGGAACUGGUGGAUGGGGAAAUGGAUUAUGGGGGAACUGGUGGAUGGGGAAAUGGAUUAUGGGGGAACUGGUGGAUGGGGAAAUGGAUUAUGGGGGGAACUGGUGGAUGGGGAAAUGGAUUAUGGGGGAACUGGUGGAUGGGGAAAUGGAUUAUGGGGGAACUGGUGGAUGGGGAAAUGGAUUAUGGGGGAACUGGUGGAUGGGGAAAUGGAUUAUGGGGGAACUGGUGGAUGGGGAAAUGGAUUAUGGGGGAACUGGUGGAUGGGGAAAUGGAUUAUGGGGGAACUGGUGGAUGGGGAAAUGGAUUAUGGGGGAACUGGUGGAUGGGGAAAUGGAUUAUGGGGGAACUGGUGGAUGGGGAAAUGGAUUAUGGGGGAACUGGUGGAUGGGGAAAUGGAUUAUGGGGGAACUGGUGGAUGGGGAAAUGGAUUAUGGGGGAACUGGUGGAUGGGGAAAUGGAUUAUGGGGGAACUGGUGGAUGGGGAAAUGGAUUAUGGGGGAACUGGUGGAUGGGGAAAUGGAUAA